AUGUCCUUUCUUACACUCGCUCGGUCGUCCAUUCGGCAAGCGUUCUCUCCAUGUCUUGCCCGCGGCUAUGCCGCCAAGAGCUCGAAUCCAGAACGGAUACCGAACAUAAGUACAAAAGACACGUCGGCUACUGAAGAAAAAACGCUUUCGUCGUGUCCACCAGGUACAAUCCUGGAAGGAUUGAACUAUCUAAAAGGACAACCUCCGGUGAUAGCUCUCCCUGAUGAGGAGUAUCCUUCGUGGCUGUGGGACCUUCUGAAGCCGAAAGUAUAUGAAGAUGACGGGCCUGGAGGCAAGGCGGAGAAGAAACGGCUCAGAAAGGAGAACCAACAACGGAUCAAGGACCAGAACUUCAUGAAGACACAGUAG